CCGGCCUCGCGCCGUAAGGAGUGGCACUUUUUAAAAGUCCAGCCUGGAGGCCAGCCUGUAGGCGCGAGUACCUCUGUCCGAACCCCGUCUCGCCGUGCGCUCCAGCCCCACACCGGUGCAGCCCAGGCCAGUUCAUCUCGCAUCAUGCCGGUCAAAGGAGGCACUAAAUGCAUCAAAUACCUGCUCUUCGGCUUCAACUUCAUCUUCUGGCUUGCCGGGAUUGCAGUCCUUGCCAUUGGACUAUGGCUCCGAUUCGACUCUCAGACCAAGAGCAUUUUCGAGCAAGAAAACAAUCAUUCCAGCUUCUACACAGGAGUUUAUAUUCUGAUUGGAGCCGGCGCCCUCAUGAUGCUCGUGGGUUUCCUGGGCUGCUGUGGGGCUGUGCAAGAGUCCCAGUGCAUGCUGGGAUUGUUCUUUGCCUUCCUCCUGGUGAUAUUUGCUCUUGAAAUAGCUGCAGCCAUCUGGGGAUAUUCCCACAAAGAUGAGGUGAUUAAAGAACUCCAGGAAUUUUACAAGGACACCUACUCAAAGCUGAAAUCCAAGGACGAGCCCCAACGGGAAACGCUGAAAGCCAUCCACUACGCGUUGAACUGCUGUGGUAUUGCUGGGGGAGUAGAACAAUUCAUCUCAGACAUCUGCCCCGAAAAGGAUUUACUCUCGAGCAUCUCAGUGAAGCCCUGCCCUGAGGCCAUCAAAGAAGUCUUCCACAACAAAUUUCACAUCAUUGGCGCGGUGGGCAUCGGGAUUGCCGUGGUGAUGAUAUUUGGCAUGAUCUUCAGUAUGAUCCUGUGCUGUGCCAUCCGCAGGAACCGAGAGAUGGUCUAGAGUCAGCUUGUACUCCUGAGCAGGAAAGUUUACCCCUGAAGAUUGUUAGUUAUUUUCUUGGGGUUUUAUUUUUGUUUUUUUGGUUUUUUAUCAUUUUUUUUUUCUUUUUUGCCACUAACUUUAGUAUUCAUUCUGCAUUUCUAAACACAUACAAAAGUUAUUCUGUGUUUAUCUUUUUAAUGCUUUAUUCAAUAUUGAUAUUUGUAGUUGAGAGAUUGGGGGAUUGGGUUUGCUUUGGUUUAUAAAUUUUGGUUAUUUGUUUUUGCUUAUUAUGUUAAGCAGAAAUCCUGCAAUGAAAGGUACUAUAUUUGCUAGACUCUAGACAAACGAUAUUGUACAGAAAGAGAAUUUUUUUUGUCUUUAAAUAGAUAAAAUAUGUCUAUCAAAUUUAAUCAGAUUGUAACUUAUGUUGAAGACAAUUUGAUACAUAAUAAAAGAUUAUGACAAUAUCCUGGA